UCAAACUGGACGCGGGGAGUUGAAGCUUCAAAGAAAAACACACUGACACACAAAAGAAAGGUUUAUUAUCGAGGAUAAAGUAAAAGUAUAACGAACAUGACGAGCACAUUGAAAGGUAUCACUAUCAAAGGAAGCGCUGAGCUGGUGGCGGAGUUCUUCUCAUUCGGCAUCAACAGCAUCCUGUACCAGCGAGGCAUCUACCCUCCAGAGACGUUCACCAGAGUCACCAACUAUGGCAUGAGCCUGCAACUCACUACUGACACCAAACUGAAGACCUACCUGACCGAUGUGGUGGCUCAACUCAAAGACUGGCUGUUUGAGUGCACAGUGCAGAAGCUGGUGCUGGUGAUCACGUGCCUGGAAACCAACGAGGUGCUGGAGAGAUGGCAGUUUGACAUCGAGUGUGACAAGUCAGCCAAAGAAACCAGUGCUCCAAGAGAGAAGUCCAUUAAAGCCAUUCAGGACGAGAUCCGCUCAGUCAUCAGACAGAUAACAGCCACAGUCACCUUCCUGCCACUGCUGGAGACGCCAUGUGCGUUCGACCUCCUGGUAUACACUGACAAAGACCUGGCUGUUCCUGACAAGUGGGAAGAGUCCGGCCCGCAGAUCAUCGCCCAAUCAGAGGAGGUGCGUUUGCGCUCCUUCACCACCUCCAUCCACAAGGUGAACAGCAUGGUGGCGUACAAGAAGACUGACUCUGCUUAAAUACUCCACCUGUGGCUUCCCCUGAACCCUAGGAGCUGUAUAUAACACCGCCUUUCUGAACUUCACCAUGUCUUUCUGCUCUCUCUACUCUGAUGUGAAUAUUUCUCUGUAGCAGCAAUUUAUCUGUUAGGAACUGUCUUUUUUCUAUUUUGUGUUGUCAA